UCUACGCCUAUAAAGCCCCAACAACACCCUGAUUCCUCCACUCAAGGAGUCUGUCGUGCUUGCCUUUACCACAAGCAAACAGGAAGAUGGAAGGGAAAGAGGAAGAUGUGAGGUUGGGAGCAAACAAGUUCUCGGAGAGGCAGCCGAUAGGAACGGCAGCGCAGAGCGACAAGGACUACAAGGAACCGCCACCGGCUCCCUUGUUCGAGCCCGGGGAGCUCACCUCUUGGUCCUUCUACAGGGCUGGGAUAGCGGAGUUCAUGGCUACCUUCCUCUUCCUCUACAUCACCAUCCUCACGGUCAUGGGCGUGGUCAAGUCCAACAGCAAGUGCUCCACGGUGGGCAUCCAAGGGAUUGCCUGGGCCUUCGGUGGCAUGAUCUUUGCCUUGGUCUACUGUACCGCCGGGAUCUCUGGUGGCCACAUCAACCCCGCGGUGACCUUCGGGCUGUUCCUGGCGAGGAAGCUGUCGCUGACCAGGGCUCUGUUCUACAUGGUGAUGCAGUGCCUGGGCGCCAUCUGCGGUGCCGGUGUGGUCAAGGGGUACCAGAAGGGGCUCUAUGAGAGCAACGGUGGCGGAGCUAACGUCGUGGCUCCUGGCUACACCAAGGGUGAUGGCCUGGGUGCUGAGAUCGUCGGCACCUUCAUCCUCGUCUACACUGUUUUCUCUGCUACUGACGCCAAAAGAAACGCCAGGGACUCUCAUGUUCCCAUUUUGGCUCCCCUCCCCAUUGGGUUUGCCGUGUUCCUUGUCCACCUGGCUACCAUCCCCAUCACCGGCACCGGCAUCAACCCUGCCAGAAGCCUUGGCGCUGCCAUCAUCUACAACAAGAAGCAUGCCUGGGAUGAUCAUUGGAUCUUUUGGGUUGGACCCUUCAUUGGAGCUGCUCUUGCUGCCAUCUACCACCAGAUAGUCAUCAGGGCGAUCCCAUUCAAGAGCAGGCCCUGAGAGAGCCUUCCAUCUCCUCUCAUAAUCACCUGUCUCAUGAUUCUGUGUGCCUUUCUUUCAUCAUGGCUUGUUUCUGGCUUGGAGUGUGUUCCAGAACUGUGAUUUGCACAGCACUGUGGUUGUCGAUCAAGAGUGUAAAUUAAGUACUGAUGCAUGUCGUUGUGUCUCUCAAUCCAAGUAUGUGGUGUUUGCCAGCUUCCGAAGCA